ACACUCAUCCGCCAUGGCUGUCGUGGCGGUGCACCUGGAUUCGGAUGCGUUCCUGGUGUGCCUCAACCAUGCCCUGAGCACAGAGAAGGAGGAGGUGAUGGGGCUGUGCAUCGGCGAGGUGGACACCAGCAAGAUCGUGCACAUCCACUCGGUGAUCAUCCUGCGGCGCUCAGACAAGCGCAAGGACCGCGUGGAGAUCUCCCCAGAGCAGCUGUCCGCUGCGUCCACAGAGGCCGAGCGGCUGGCUGAGCUCACUGGCCGGCCCGUGCGGGUGGUAGGCUGGUACCACUCGCACCCGCACAUCACCGUGUGGCCGUCGCAUGUGGACGUGCGCACACAGGCCAUGUACCAGAUGAUGGACCAGGGCUUUGUGGGCCUCAUCUUCUCGUGCUUCAUCGAGGACAAGAACACCAAGACUGGCAGGCUACUGUAUACGUGCUUCCAGUCGGUGCAGGCGCAGAAGAGCACCGACUAUGAGCGCAUCGAGAUCCCCAUCCAUGUAGUGCCACACGACACCAUCGGCAAGGUUUGCCUCGAGUCGGCCAUUGAGCUGCCCAAGAUCCUGUGCCAGGAGGAGCAGGAUGCCUACCGCCGCAUCCACAGCCUCCCGCACCUUGACUCGGUCACCAUGAUCCACAACGGCUCCGUCUUCACCAAGAACCUGUGCAGCCAGAUGUCGGCCAUCAGCGGGCCGCUGCUGCAAUGGCUCGAGGACCGACUGGAGCAGAACCAGCAGCGGGUGCGUGAGCUGCAGCGGGAGAAAGAGCUGCUGCUGCAGGAGCUGGCAGCCCUAGACUGAGGCCCGGGAGGGGGUGGGGAGGGACAAGGGAGGGGUCGGUCAUUCCUGGGGUUUGGUGGUUUGCUUUCAGUCCACCAACAGACCUAUGGCAGGCACGCUUGUACAGAGAUUCCCUGUGUCCCAAAGCUGGAAGAACCUGAUUUUUGUAUAAAGUAUUUUGGCAAAAAUUCCAGCAGAAUUGUCUGUACAUUUAAUUCUGUGCACGGUAAUGAAGAGAAAAGUGUACCCAAAGGGAAAGAGAAGGGAAAAGCACCUUGCUCAAGGUGCUGGGGAUGCAAAGACAGGCCUUCUGGGAACCUUGGGGAGGCAGCCUAUAUAUAUAUAUACACAUAAAUAUAUGCAAGAUAGCAAGACCUAUAAUUGGCACAAUGCAUAGAAUAUUAGACCUGGAGUCAGGAAGACCCAAGUUCUAAUUCUGAAGGUACUAGCUGCCUGAGGCCUGGACAAGCCAUUUAACCUUUUUCAGCCUCGAUUCCUCACCUGUAAAAUAGGGAAGAAUAAUAGCACCACUUGUAGAAAUCAGAUGAGAGAGAAAUGUAAUGCUUUUUGCAAACAUUAAAGUACCAUAUAAAUGCUAGCUAUUACAUACAAAGCAGUGAGGUAGGAGUGGAAGAUAUGAGGUGAUGGAAUAGGAAAGACUGGCUUAGAGAUUGUUUUCAUUGCCCAAAUGUAAUUAGACACUAAAGUCCAUUCCUGAGUAUUAAUUAACCAAUAUAUAUGUGUGUAUGUAUGUAAACAUAUGUUUUCAUAUAUUCACCCCCUCACAUACAAAUACACACACACACAUAUAUAUAUAUGAAAGACUUAAGGUAAAGAAGGCUUUUAUUGCCCUAAUGAAGUUAGGCACUAGAACAUUCAUGAAUAAUAUACCAGGAGAGAGUGAGUGUGCAUUUUAAAGAGGGAGAGAGACAGAGACAGCCAAGUGGCUUAAUGGGUAGAGCACUGAACCUGAAGUCAGGAAGACUUGAAUUUGAAUUUGACCUCAGAUACUAGCCCUGUGACCCUGAGCAUGUCAACUUCUGUUUGCCUUAAUCCACUGGAGAAGGAAAUGGCAAACCACCUUAGUAUCUUUGUGAAGGAAAUCUUAUGAAUGUUAUGGUCCAUAAUAAACAUAUGUAUUGUAUACAUGUAUACAUGUA